UGUAUCAUCAUAUUUCAGAAGGAGACAACGGAUCGCUCAUCGCUAUUAGCGUCAGUCGUACUUUCGAGUUUCGAGUUUCGAGGCGUCGGUGCUAACUCGGGCCAGGUUAGCGAGCACGUGUUGAAGUCGCAUGACGAUCGCGGUCGUGACGAGGCGACCACGCGUUCGCUCAAAUGAACAAAAAUGAAUCGAUGAGCAGAUACGGGCCUCUCGUCGGCGCGAUCGACGAGGGGACGAGCAGCGCGAGAUUCCUGGUUUUUGCAGCAGACACAGCUGAGGUCUUGACGUAUCAUCAGGUCUCGAUAUCGCAGACAUAUCCAAAAGAGGGAUGGGUUGAACAGGACGCUUUAGAAAUAUUGAGGGCAGUCAGGGAAUGCCUCAAGCAAACUGUAUUUAACUUGAAGCAGUUGACGAUAGAUCCAGCUGACAUAGUUGCGAUUGGUAUAACGAAUCAGAGGGAAACUACAGUUGUGUGG